AUGACCGACUCGCACGCUCACAUUCCCUCAUCGACUCUGCUCCCGCGACCAGUCGCGUCAUUGAUAUCUCUGAUUACCCAGACAACCUCUCUAUCAUUACGAUUAGGCACGUUCUUUGGCGGGGCGGCCCUAGAUGGCGCGCGAGCGACGACUCUGACCAGCUUAGAACUGAGUCGGGCUUUGGUUGAAGGGAUCUUGACGAGGGCAGGACGAGAUGUCGCGAUUCGUAGUAGCGACGAACACGGCAAAACAGAAGCCGACUCUCUUCUCGAGCGAAGUUUGGCGACGCUCCAUACGACAGUGACCUCGGCAUCUUUUUUUGCCGCAGCGACAUUUCAUUUCUCGUCGACCACUUUGUCUUCGGUUGCAAAUCUCUCGCAGGCACUUCUGUCUACUUUGGAUGCCAUUCUUGGAUCUACCGAGUCGUCGAGGGCUAUUGCGGCUAUUAUCACGCUUAUUCGACGUGAGUUUAGAUCCGUUGAACCCGGCGCAAGUACUCAGAAUAUCGGUGUCGGAGACCUCCUUGUUGGCUCUUUAGGCUUCGCGCUAUUGCAGCGUUGGGGUAAGAAGAAUACCGAAAGACAUCUGCGGCAGAAUGGCGGGGAUGAGAUUAUUUGGGAUGUUGUCAUUCUGGACAACGGCGCAAGAGCAGACGUGAUCGGAUCACAUCAACUGCAAUUCCCCGAUCGCAAUAAUGAAGAGUUGGUGGAAGCUGGCAGUGCUUCCUUCGUAAUGCCUGGAAAUGGCGAGGAAGCCAUUGAUGUAAUCCGACGGUCGAGCAUGUCUGAUCCGUUUGGGCAUCGUCUCUCUAUUCCGUUAGAUGGUCAGCAGCAAGUGUCCGAUGAGGAUAUCCGCGCUUAUAUUAUGAGCCAACUUCCUCAGGGCUGCCACGCAUCUAUUAGAUCGGAAGUCCUGACGGCACGAACAAUCACAGUCGAUAUCUACGAUGAUGACACGGCGGAGAUUGCCGCGCCCCCUGGAACGAAAAUGAUAGAGGAGAGAUUCCACCAUGAUCAUGAUUAUGGGGAUAAUGACACGACCGAUGGCCAGCGACGGUAUCCCAGGCAUACAGUGGUGUUUAGGACAGCACUCAACAAAUCCCAGAGCACUCAGCUACGACCCUAUGACGGCUCUGGGGAUUUUGCCUUACCUGGGCCUGAUCAUCACGAACGAGCAGUGCCGGGCACCCCAUUGUCCACUAGCCCGGUAAAGCCCCAUCAUGAUCAGUUGCGUUCGCAUCUCGAUGCCACACAGGCCAUUGCUCCCAAGCGCCGUGGAGCAACUCCCAACUCGCCGAAUGAACCUCCCAAGGCUACAAUUAGUAAAGGCUCAUUCGCGAAAUUUGCACAAAAGGUUAAGCCAACUGUCCCGGAAAGAAACGAGGCCAGGCAGCUACCGGGAAAGAGGCCAUCUAUAAACGCAUCCGGGCCCUCGGAGAUCCCAGGUCCUCGCCUACCCCCCAGGCCUACGAAAGGAACGGCUUCUGUGAAACAAGCCACUGCGCGAGAUGUCUCCAGCAGACCUCCUCUCAAGAAGAGCCACACCGAACCUUUAAAUCAUCGACCGACAACCCCUGUCCCGAAUCGGGGUUUACGAAGGUCGCCGUUUCCAAACUCCCCCCAAAGAAAAUCGCCACAGUCGCAAACGAAACAUACCUCAUCUCACGAAAUGCACACCCCUCAGGGCUCACGAGGGGGCCAUUUCGCGGUGCGAGAGGAGAGCCAAGAGUCACUCCUCACUCAAACUGACACAUUCCUCUCACACCGUGGUGCUGAUUUCCGUUCUGGAUCGCCAACUGCGCUCCAGACUCACGUUCGCAGCAGCAGCUCCUUGUCUGUAACAAGAUCGGAAGCAGAUGGGACUGUAUCUGCCAAUGACAACCGGCCCGGCUCGUCAUCUAUGCAUUGCAUAUCCCAAUCAUACACCCCCAGUCUAUAUUCACUAGCAACUGCAGGGUCCGAGACAUCACUACUGCUUGCGCAUCGGCCUCGCAAAAGCGCAUAUGAAGACAUGGAAACCAUCCAAGCACUCAACCGCGAUGGUUUUGUCCCAGGCAUAUUUCCAAAAAGACACUUCGUGCAGAACAUCCGCCGAUUCUGUCGGUUCUCCGCUGCCUCAUAUGGCUCAAAUGCGCUCACGGUCAUGGGCGUUGCCAGCGACUCGAGGAAUCUACCUAAAACAAAACCAGACAACCACGAGCACAGUGCGUUCUCAGAGAACGCAGGUCUUCCACCCUCUACGAUCCUCCUAUCAUCAUUCGUCGAUCCAGCCGGUGGCUCAAACGCAGCUGGCGAGACAGAGACAGGCUUCCCACUGGUCCACUACCUUUCUAUCGACCAUGACUCCAAAGCAGUGGUCCUGACUCUACGCGGAACAUGGGGCUUCGAGGACAUCCUCACAGACAUGACUUGCGACUAUGACGACCUCGAAUGGCAGGGCAAAAGCUGGAAGGUGCACAAAGGCAUGCACGCCUCAGCAAAGCGGCUCCUAGAGGGCGGCGGCGGCCGAGUCAUGACCACCCUGCGUGCGGCACUAGAAGAAUUCCAAGACUACGGUAUAGUCCUAUGCGGACACUCGCUCGGUGGAGGCGUCGCAGCCCUUCUCGCAACGAUGAUCUCAGAACCAACCUCUUCUGCAACAGGCACAUCCUUCGUAACAGCUUCAUACCAACCCGCCACCCGUCCCCGCCUCUUAACCGCAGAUGCCAACCCCAAUCCCACCAUCCCACCAACCUACACCCUCCCACCGAACCGACCAAUCCAUGUCUACGCCUACGGCCCCCCAGCUACAAUGUCCCCCUUCCUCCGCCUCGCCACGCGAGGCCUAAUAACAACCAUCGUGAACGGCUCUGACAUAGUCCCCAGCCUGUCACUCGGCAUCCUGCACGACAUGCACACAGCGUCAGUAUCCUUCAAAGACGACGCGACAGGCGCCAAAGCGCACAUCCGACAACGGGUGCGGGACUCGCUCCGCCAGAGCAUCAUCCAUAAAUUCUACGUCAAUCAGCCCCCGCUAGUCGUCAAUGCGGGCGAUGGCGUCGGCGAAGACGCGUGGGCGUGGAAGACGCUGAAGCUGCUGCGGGAUGAGAUGCGUGCGCCGAAACUCAUGCCGCCCGGGGAGGUUUUUGUCGUUGAGACGAUGCGGGUUCUGCAGCGGGAUGCGUUUACGGCGCCGGAGAUCGGCGGAGAUGGGUAUCCGCGGCUUGGGAGGCCGGCGACUCGUGUGCAGAUUCGCUUUGUGAGGGAUGUGGAGGCUUGGUUUGGGGAGUUGCGCUUUGCGGGUGGUAUGUUGAGUGAUCAUAAUCCCGCGCGGUAUGAGACUAGUCUUGCGGCGUUGGUGAGGGGCGUUUUGGAUGAGUAG